CAGUGAGCGCGUCGCACCUACGCACGCAUCGAGAAGAAGGGAAAAGGAAAGAUUCAGCGGCAGCAGCAGCAGCGCGUUCAGUGGUUGUUGUUGUUGGAAACGGUGGAAGCACACACACACACUGACACACACAGGCAGACACAACACCAACACACCGACACACACACGCGGCCAGCAAACACAAUUUUCAGCUGGCCAAAAAGAAAAGUUUGUUCAUCCCUGAUCGCUUUUUGUUUAUACACCCACUAAAUUAAAAUAUUGGAAAAUUAAAUAAUGCUAACCCGAAAGUGAAUCCAAUUAAAUUGUGCAUAUUACGAGCUAAAGGAUAAUUGAAAAAUCAAGGCACACACCUGCGCACAUGUGUCUGUGAGAGGGUCCUGUGUAUCUGUGUGAAAACGCCUGCGGCUGUAUGUGUGUUGAAGGCUAAGCAGAAAAUCAGCAGCCCACGGAAAAGCCAACAAAUAUUUUACAGUUCUUGCCCGUUGAAGCCAAAGAGUUAGCAAACAAAGUGAUAAAGACAAAGUGUUCAAGACAAAAUGUAAUACAUGUUCUUAAAUAUUAUACAAAACAAAAAUCAACAAAUAAUUAAUAAUAAUUAAACGUUAAACUGGAAACCGGAGGAAUGCGAAGGCAGAGGUUUUCAACAGCAUGUCCCCUCUAAGAUGCGCACAAUUAGCUUAAACUGACAGCAGGGCGAGGAGAGCGAGAGCAACAACAACAACAGCCAGAAUUUACAAGCAAAAGGAUAAUCACAAUCACCAAGCAGCGAAAUAAAACACCAGAGCCGAUACUUAACAACCGAACUAUUAUCGAACUAUUUUAACGACUUAAAUGUAGCACAACAGAAGCCUUACAAAACAACAAAACCAUUUGUGCUGUGCUUUAAUUAUAGUCAAGACAAAAAAACACGAAAACAACCCCGUAAACCGCGUAAUUAUUAAACAUUAAAUAAUAAUAAUAAUCAUUAUUCUUCCACUUGCGAGUUUGAAAUGUGUACAUUUUUAAAUCGAUAUUUAAACUAGUAGCGAAUUAUUAAAUAACCGUUUAACGUUCAUUAAAACUUAGCAAAGAGCGUUGUGAAUUUAACAAAACAAGAAUUAAAACCGAAAAAUAAGCGGUUUACGAUCCUCUAAAGUAGAACAAAAGUUGUACGCAAUUAGUAGAAUUUAAAUGUAAGAUUUUAAUCCAAGCUACAUUUUUAAACGAGCUUCAAAACACACACGUUAAAAAACACACCCACACCCGGGCAGAACCUUAUCCUUAACCUUAACCACGGCGGUGGGUUUGUAAGGGUAACAAUCAAAUGCUUGGCUCAGCGCCAGAAAGUAGGCAGCAGCACAAAGCACAGCCCAAAAGUAGGCAGUAGAAAAUUUAUACAAAUUCGGCGCCAGCGGUGGAAGGACGAAAAAAGCGCCAAGGACUCCGACGACCUUCGCGUGUGCAGGCGUCGUUGCACAAUAGAGGACGCCACUAACACACUCAGCCAGACACAAAUACACCCAUACCUUAACCCACCCAUACACUCACCCAGCCACACAGGAAGUCACACACACGUACGCACACACAGGACAAUUGCAUGGGCGGCCGCCAUGACCGGAAGUGAAGUACGGUCACGUCCACGUCCACUGGCCUUUGCAUAACAAUCAGCCCGCCAAGGAGCCGCCGAGGAAGCGGGAGAAAGCAGUGAAAGCAGGUGAAAAGGAAGGCAGAAUAACAACAGAGCGGGUAUAACAACGAGCACACAGGAGCGCCACUUUCACCCGCCAGCGGCCCCUCAAAAAUGCAGGAAAUGAGCUACCUACAGGAUAACUCCAAGAUUGAGGCCCUCACCAAGGCGGUGCUCAUAUCGAUACUGGGCGUGGCCAUCGUCCUGUCCAACCUCCUCAUCAUCGCCACCUAUGCCAACUUCAAGGGACCCACAGAGGUGAUCAACUACUACCUGCUGUCCCUGGCCAUUGCCGAUCUGCUCUGCGGACUGCUGGUGGUGCCCUUCUCCGUGUAUCCCGCCCUGACUGGGGAAUGGAUGUACGGCGACAUCGUGUGCCGCUUCACGGGCUACCUGGAGGUCACUCUGUGGGCGGUGUCCGUCUACACCUUCAUGUGGAUAUCGGUGGAUCGCUAUUUGGCGGUCCGCAAGCCACUGCGGUAUGAAACGGUCCAGACGAAGACGAGAUGCCAAUGCUGGAUGGUGUUCACCUGGAUAUCUGCGGCGCUGCUCUGCUGCCCCCCGAUCCUGGGCUACUCGAUGCCGAUCGAGAACAACAUGACGCACAUCUGCAUGCUCGACUGGGGGAACAUGGCCGCGUACAGUGCCACACUGGCGAUUUUAGUCUUAGGUCCCAGCCUCAUUUCAAUCGUACACAACUACGGCUAUAUCUUUGUAAUGAUGCGUAAGAUUAGGUCCGGCGAGCCGAUACACGAUAAAGAAUAUGCAACUGCUCUGGCUGAAAAUUUAUCGAACCCUAGUCAUAUGAUGUCAUUCGCAUUAGUCUUUGCAUUCUGGGUGUCCUGGCUGCCAUGGAUUCUGUUGCGUCUGUAUGAGGUGGUCACGGGCGAUGUUAUCCAAAGUACUCUUAUCAACUUCGCCGUCGUCUGGAUCGGCAUAUUGAAUUCGUUUUGGAAAAUUCUGAUCAUGACCAGUAUGUCGCCGCAAUUCCGUAUCGCUUUGAGAGUAUUUUGCUUAACCAUUUGUUGUAAGACUAAGGGCCGUUUGCAAGCAGAGCUAAUCGGGUUGGACCCAGAUGACUAGAGUUAGAUUUAGAUUUUCAUUCUCCUCAAAAAAAAUUCAAAUAACUAUCCGCAAAAUCCCCCAUCCAAGCCCCUCUCCGACAUCCCUUUGAGAAGAACCACAAAGUCCUGCAAGUAAAAAAUUGGUUGUAAUUGCAUUGAGCCAUUUCCUUAACAAUCUCUCUAUCUCUCUAUAUAAACACUUACUUGCCUGUUUGCCAUAUAGUUGCAUAUUUACGGGCCGUUUGGCGCUACGCGACAUGCCAAUGAAAGCACCACCAAACACAGCCACUGAAAAACUCAACCCAAAUACGCAACCACUCAACCACUCAGCCACCCAGCCACUCAGUCAUACAGAAAACACACAGAGACACCAAAAACUCAGACACGUUGAAAGACAUAUUCAUAUUUCUAGACCUAAGCUAGGCUAAGAGUUUUUAGCGUAUCCAAUUAUGAUUGACUAAUUGAUUGAUUGAAUUGAAUUGAUUGACGAUUAUUAUUGUGUAUUUAUGAGCUUACCACGUAUAUACUUGUACUUAACUAUAGCCAUAUGUAUUUGUAGCAGCGAUUCUAAUUCUAAUUCGUAGACGAGAGACAAUUCACUAGGCAAGAAGAACAUUUCCGUUUCCGGUUUACAGUUCAAACUUGCUACAACUAAAAACCAAAGAAAAUCAUAUGCUACUCAAGAAGCGAGAUAAUUAUCUAAAGAAUGCAUAAGUAUAAACCUUUUUCAAAGUCCAUAUUAAGUAGCAUUUAGAAUUUUACAAACAAAUCGUGUAGAGUUUAUUAAACAAUUUGCCAAACUUGACGACGGGCCGGAAAUGAAGAAUUCAAAAUUCUACGAAAAUUCAAUCUUCGCACGCUUUGCGUAUGCGCUUUAGAAACGGAAAACCCAGGCCCACUAAACGAACAACUACCAAAACUCAACACAGCAAAAAUGUUUAAAUCCAAAAGCGAAGAAACCCGAUAAAACAUUUCCAGUAGAACUUAGCGAUAUAAAUAAAUAAUGAAAAUGAAAGGAUAUAGGCUAGUGUGAGAAUUCGAUCGUUGUUAAAAUCGCAGAUGGGUGUACAUAUUUUCCGUUGGCCGCCCCUGAACGCUUCGACUUGGUGGGGUUCCCCAUAAUUUCGCCUAGUUCCCUUAGUGGGUCAAAUUCAGUUUCCCAGGACACUCCGUUGAAGCGUCCAGGGUCCCAAGUCGAGUGUUUGGGCUUGAAUAUUAUUUCAAUCAGUCGCAAACAUGCCAAAGGCGAAAAUAUUGAACGAAUUCGAAAACGAAACAUUGUGUAUAUUUUGUUGUUGUACAUUUCAUUGACGAUCUUUUGUACAUUUAGUUAUAGUUCGAAACUAAUUUACACACCAAAAGGCAAGUGUUAUCGAUUUUUAAGUGUAAGGAAAUUGUUAGAGCCGUAUAAGCAGAUAGAAAAGUCGUUUCGAAAAAUAUAAACAAUGAACGCAGUAAAUAAAUGCAAAUGAUGAUAA